AUGGACUUCACUCGUCUCGCAUAUCGCGAACGCGAAUACAUCGUUCGUCGCCUUCUCGACUUCCUGGCAGCACCACCCCACGGCUCCGAGCGCGAUGCGUUCUUCACUAUCGCCUACGUAUGUCGGGAAUGGCAAGGCAUCGCACGCCGCGCGCUGUAUCCAAGCCCCCAUUUCCUUCGCCCACUGCUCGACGCCCCGUUGCCCGUCACGCACGUCAGCUACAACAUCGACGACUACCUGAAGGACCAUGACGGCGUCUGGUACGACUUCACGAUGGAGCAGCACAUCAUCUACACGAGUUGGUUCGAGCUGCGCAAGUACGACUCGUGGCUCGAGUGGAAGCACGAGUUCAUCGUGACCGGGUUCAGAUGGGAGGGCUGCGACUUUGCGGUCCAGGUGGACCGCGCGUGGGACGCGCCCGUCGGAUGGCGACAGUACGUGCCUCUGGGAGGUCUGAGAGGAGGGAAGACGGCGGGGAAUGAGCUGACGCUGAUGCGUGGCCUGGCCGCGUUGCCGACGGCCUCUGGGCACUCGGUCGACGGCGUGCGCACCGUGUGCCAUGUCCGACCCGAGUUUUUCGCGCGGGGGACGCUGCUGGAGCUCCUCGACGAGGCGGCGUACUUGAGCCACAACACGCCGCGCUACAGCCUGAGCGGGAUCAACUGCUGGGCGUGGUCGCGGUACCUGCUGUUUUUCUUCGUGUACGAGCACAGCCAUCUGGAGGCGCUCGUGCUCGAUGGGGUGGAGAUCUCGCGGGAGGCGUUCUUGCUGGACCAUCUCAGCCCCGCCUGGCUCGAUCGCGUGCGCUACGGCCAGCCGAUCCCGACGUUCUUGAUGCUCGUCUAUCAGACUCUCGUUGUCCUUCUCGUGGCUAUCCUGCCGCAUCGGCUGGCGCUCCACGUCUCAGAUUGGUUCAGAAACUACUGCGUCCAGCAAGUCAUAUCCAAUCUCAGGCGCACGUGUCCCCGCCGAGGGCGCGCAGACCUUCAAGGCCUGCAAGUCUCAUCGACAGCUGUGUCCAUCGCGUCUGACGAAAAAGGGCGCGUGGAGGUCUCUGGUUACCCGUGGCGACUGGCUUCGGUGGACGAGCCAUCACGGGAGGCGGCGAAGCACAUGCUCGACGAGCGCUUCGUCGAGGACUGGGGCUCCCAGAUGCCGCUGCCGCUGCACGUCCCGCAGUGCGAUCCUGCGCGCGCCCGAUUGCCGUCCACCGACCAGUACGCGACGCUGUCGCGUCCCGGCUUGCUCUGCUACCUCCUCUGCCCUGUGGAAGUGCGCGUGUCUGCGGUUGAGAUCGAGCUCUGCAGCGGAUUCGAAGCCGGUGGCGGCUCAGACUCGUGGACGAGCGAGUCUAGAAUAUUCGCACGUUUCGCUGUCGUGCGGGGCUCUGAAGUAUUGUUCCCUUUCACCCUAUUCUGUGCACGCGCCGGCGGGAGGGAUGUCAGUACCGGGGACAAAAAAGAGGGCAAGAUGCAGACGCGAUACUUCCGGGUGCUCGCGGACCACCCGGCCGUGGCGAAUGCGCGGCGCGGAGAUCAGUUCUGUGUGUGGGUUGGGGCAGAGGGCGAUGCCGUCCACGGCGUGUACGGGUCGGUGGUGGGACUAAAUUCUUCUACGCUGGUUGACAAUCCCCGGGUGGUCAAGUUUUCUGCCGCCCAUCUGGAAGCAAGCUCGUCUCGUGACUAUCUGGACGCGAAGAACGUGCCCUAG